AUGUUCGGACUUCCGAAAUUCUUUGGCUUCCGAGGCCGGGCCCUUAACCUGGCCAUCAGUUCUCUUGGCAGCUUGGAUUUCCUGCUUUUCGGUUAUGACCAGGGUGUAACUGGUGGUCUUCUAGACGUACCGUCUUUUAUCAAGUACUUCCCGGAUAUCAACUCCGAUGAUCCAACUAUUCAGGACAACCCGUCUCUCAAAUCGCAGCGCAGUACAAAUCAAGGCAUUGCAGUGGCAUCGUAUAACCUUGGCUGUUUCGUUGGCUCUAUCUUGACAAUCUUCAUCGGGAAUCCCCUGGGUCGACGAAGAACUAUUUUCUGCGGCUGCGUUACCAUGGCCACCGGCGCAUUAUUGCAGUGUACGGCAUAUAGUUUGCCGCAUCUAGUGGUUGGCAGAAUCGUCACGGGAAUUGGGAAUGGCAUGAAUACAAGUACUGUGCCCACAUGGCAGUCCGAGUCGUCAAAAGCCCAUGAUCGUGGCAAAAUGGUCAUGAUUGAGGGUAUGCUCAUUACUGGAGGUAUCACGCUUAGCUAUUGGAUCAACUAUGGCUUUGCGUUCAUCGGAGAACAUGAAGUGGCCUGGCGUUUCCCUCUGGCUUUCCAGAUUCUCUUUGCAGUAAUUAUUUUCUUCUCUAUCUUGAACUUACCCGAGUCCCCUCGAUGGCUCGUGAUGCAAGGCCGGAAUGAUGAGGCUUUGGAGAUUCUCGAAUGUCUUAAUGAAAAGUCCCGUGACGACCCUUACAUCAAGAACGAACUGAUUGCCAUCCAAGAGACUGUGGUUGAAAUGUCCAAGGGAUCUUACAGAAGUCUGUUUGAUAUGAGUGAAUAUCGAGAAUUUCACCGUGUGGCAUUGGCCUACAUCAAUCAGAUGUUCCAGCAGAUCUCUGGAAUUAAUCUUAUUACCUACUAUGCACCACAACUGUACAAACAGAUCGGUCUCGGACAAGGCAAUCUCCCAAAACUGUUAGCCGCUUGCAAUGGUACUGAGUACUUGAUGGCCGCUUUUAUUCCCAUUUUUAUCAUUGAAAAAGUUGGACGUCGACCACUCAUGCUUUUUGGCGCGGCCGGCAUGUCCAUAUCUAUGGCUGUUCUUGCGGGCACCAACUAUCGUUUAACCCACUUGAAUGAUAGUAAAGCGGGUAUUGGCCAAGCAGUCUUUCUCUUUGUAUUCAACACUUUCUUUGCUAUCGGCUGGCUUGGAAUGACCUGGCUAUACCCUGCUGAAAUCGUGCCCUUGCGUAUCCGUGCACCAACAAAUGCACUCGCCACUAGUGCCAACUGGAUUUUCAACUUUAUGGUGGUGAUGAUCACUCCAGUUGCGUUUGAUAGCAUCGGAUACAAGACAUAUAUCAUCUUUGCUGUCAUAAACGCAUUCAUGGUCCCCUCUGUUUAUUUCUUCUUCCCUGAAACGCGAUACCGCUCAUUGGAAGAGAUGGAUGCCAUUUUCAAGAAAUCAACGAAUGUAUUCGAUGCCGUUACUAUUUCGAUCAAGGAGCCCUAUCGUUAUGAUAAGCAUGGUCAGCUCAAGCCGGAGUAUCUGGAGGAGGCGAUCCGUCAAGGAAGCGUGUCUGUUCACAACGCUGGUGAGAAGUUUGACAGCGAUGAGAGUGGCAACUCGACUAAAGCUUGA